AUGAAGCUUCAUCUGCUUCUUGCGGCGGUUCUCUCGCUUCUCUGUGCUGUUAACGCACGCUUUGCCUUCCACUAUGCAAAUAUUACUGUUGCUCACUGUCCAGCUCCUGAUGGUGAUUUCUGUUAUGAAGGCCUCCGUGGCCCUAUGGUGAUUAGGUGUAGCAAAGGCUCCGUUAUUAACACCAUUAACUGCAAGAAGUAUGAAACUGACCGUACUGCCAUGUGCUUCGAAUCGUCUGAAACCUCUGGAGAUGCAACUUGCUUGCAUCGAAACAUGAUUACACUCACUCCUGCAGUUGAAAAGGAUUCAUCUACUCCAAUCCCUUAUGUGUACUUCCCUAGGUCUGUUGUUGGGGCUGAGCCUAUGGCCUCUACUUUGUUCAUUUCUGAAGGGCCUACCCGGACGCCUAGCACUCUCCAAACUGAAGCAGUUGUGUCUACUAUGGCUCCUACCCCGGGGUUCAUUAGAUCGCCUGGCUUGGAUUUGGGCCCUGGGGGUAAGGUUCCCCAAUCUUUUGCUCAGCUCCGAACUGAACCAAUUGCUUCUACCUUCAUUCCUGCUCCACAAUUCGGAAAGUCUUCCGAAGACGCUGUCAUCUCUACUGGCCUAUCCGCCGAAAGCACUACCACACUCUCUACCACUAUGACUACCACAGAUGUAGUUCUUACUAGCCUAUGGACCAGUGCCCACACCCGCGAGGUACAGUCUAGCAUGACUACCCCUGAGCAACUCACCAGCUACCCGACCACCGAAGUUACCAGUGAUGCUAGCACGUCGAUGACCAAACACAAGGAAAAUAUGGUCCCUUCUACCCACUGCACCACCACCUUAGUUCAAUCUACUUCGGAGUUGUCUACCUCUUCGGCUACUCCCUCGUCUGUUUCUACUACUAGCAUCCCCUUGUCCACAGACAUGAGUACUGUCGAGCCUACCAUCAGUAGCAGCACCACGGUUUUGAGCACCUCCACCACAACGACUACCAUGUUCAUCACUUUCACGCCAACAUCUACCACCCAGGCGGAGACUACCGUGCUUACUGAGACAUUUAUUACCGAGCAACCUCAAAAAUCGCCAACAACCGAGUCCAAGGAAGCUACCGAGAGCAGUGUUACCUUAUCCCCUAGUACUCUUCUGCCCACUAGCGUCGCGAAUUACACAUCCUAUGGGCCUUCUUCACUGUCUAUGCUUCCAACUCAGACUACUCUAUCUACCUACUCGGAGAGAGUUACAGUAUCUACCUCAUUCACCUCAACAAUCACGACAGUUCACACCAAUCAUACUUCAGUUCACACUACCCCAACCUACAGCAUUGCCACGUCUACACUUGUCAAUGCUGCUGAAGAGAACACAACCGAUGCUAAGCUUGCUUAUCUAUUCGGUCUCAUUGUUGCCUUCCUGGUUCUGGUGUGA